AUGAAUCUCGCGCGGGGCCGCGAGCUGGGCAUCGAGCGCGCGGUGGACGAUGGCCACGACUGGGCAGACAAACCCGCGCGCGCGUUCCACCAGGGAAAGACGGGGCCGACGGGUGACGCGGACGAUGACGACGACGACGGCACCGCCGACGAGCGCGCGGCGACGCACGGCUUCACGUCGUCGUCGACCCAUCCGGACCUCGCGCCGGUGGUAUCAUCAUCGUCGUCGUCCGCCGCCGCCGCCGCCGCCGCCGCCGCCGCGCGCCUCCACGCGUUCAGCGCACCCCUCGGCCGAAUCGCGCGUCUCGACGUCGCCAACUGGAUGUCGCAGCUCGUCUCGCGAAUCGCCGACGCGCCCCUGCACAGGCUGCGUUUACCCGGCACGCACGACAGCGGCGCGUACCGCCUCUCGCGCACGCGCAUGGGCGACCUUCCCGCGUGGCUCCGCGCCGUCAACGCCGCCACCCGCGGCAUCGUCACCGCGCCGCUGACCCCGUUCAUCGCGGGUUGGGGCGAGGCGCAGUCGACGGAUGCGUUUGGCCAGCUGGCGCUCGGCGCGAGGUACCUGGACCUGAGGGUCGUUCGCGAGUCGAACGGCGGGUACUACGCCGUGCACGGCAUGGCGGGCGAUUCGUUCGAAAACGUCCUCGCGCAGGUGGCGUCGUUCCUGGACGCGCACCCCGGCGAGGUUGUCGUGUGCGACUGUCACCACCUCCACCGAUUCGACAGCGAGGAGCACCACCUGACGUUUCUCGACCUCAUCGAGCGGACGUUGGGCGCGCACCUCGUGCCCCCCGCGCUCCGACGCGCGUCCACCGACGGCGACGGCACCGUCACCGUUCGCGACUGCCUCGUCGCCAAUCGCAGGUGCGUGUGUUUGUACGGCGGGUUCGACUUUUCGCCGAAAGUCGCUCGAGCUGUCGCGGAAGCCGGGUGUUGGGAACGGAGACAACAUCGCGACAUCUGGAGUCCGUGGCCGAGGGCGGGGUCGCGGCGGCAGCUCGCGGAGCGCAUGCGCGCGCUGGAGGACGCGGAGGACGCUGGAGGACACGGGCACGGGCACGGGAGGGGGAGGGAGGGGUUCUUCGUGUUGCAAGGGGUGGUGACGCCCGACGCGAAGAGGAUCGUGAAGGCGUUGACGCUGCCGGAUUGGGGACGGCCUCGGACGCUUCGCGAUUUGGCGACGCGGGUGACGCCGAUGGUGUGCCGGAUGGUGUGCGGGGGUUCGUUACGGGCGAUGUGCAUCGUGAUGGUGGAUCACAUCGAGUUGGCGGACGUGGAGGGUUGGCUCUUGGGCGCGUACGGCGAGGGCGGUUAG